CCCCCACGCGCCUGUCGUAAACCUCAGCUCCACUGACGUUCACUGCGAGUGCACUUUACGGCAGCGAGGAACUGAAGGGAAAGAAACGGGGAACGUAGAGGCGAGCCAUAUGACAGUAAUAUAAAUAUUUGACAUUUUUUUAUAGAGUUAUUUCUACUGAAUCUACAGGCUCGUUCAGAUCUCCCUCUCCACAGCGAUCACCUAUUCUUUCGUAUUUUUCGUCCUUUUUUCCCCCUGAAUGAGGUGGGAUGGCUGAAUUGCCGCCUGGGCCUAGUAGCGCAUUGUCUGCGUCCCCGGCUGAAAUUAUUCCCUUCACCGGGGGUGGGUGCGCCGUACCCGGGGAAGGAGAUAAAAGGGACUGCGGACGAGGAAAUACAGUGAUCCCCGUGACAGGACUAGUAAGUGGUGGGAAGGGGGCAAACAAAACUACCCAGAACCAUUUGUUCUCACACUCGUCAGGUUCCUUCUUCAAUACACAACCGCAACAGCAGCAAUUCAACGGCGUUCCCAGUUCCGCUGAAGACGGCCUUCAACUCAGCAACCUCAGUCACCUCCACCACCCAUCUCAUAGACAACCCGACAACCAGAGAGGAGGACCCGGAGAGCACUGUGAUGGUAGAGGCGAGGCCGAGGAACGCGCACCACAGAACAAUAACCUAAGCGACAAAAACCGUAGCGACUCCAGACAGGAACAUAACCAGUGUUCAAAAAAUAACUGUUCACAUUCUAACAACAACUGUAUAAACAGUAUGUUGACCUUGUCUAGAACUGAAGCGAACUGCGGUCGGCUAGUUAACGAGGUUGAUGGCACGGGCUACCACGCCAGGACUGAGCCCCGGCCUUCCCUUGGUGAUCCACCGGACGGGGAUAGCCUCGGAAUGCCGGUGUCUGGAGGGGCACCUGAUACUUCACAUGCACCGGUGGUGGAAAUGGAGAGGCUAGAUCUGAAUUCCUUCCCUGACAGAGGAGAGGGGGAAGACGACGACAUCCAGUACGCACGAUAUGAAUCCGAGUUGCAGAUGCCGGACAUUAUGAGACUGAUUACCAAGGAUUUGUCGGAGCCCUAUUCCAUUUACACCUAUCGGUACUUUAUCCACAACUGGCCCCAGCUGUGCUUUUUGGCCAUGGUGCAGAAAGAGUGUGUUGGCGCCAUUGUCUGUAAGCUGGACAUGCACAAGAAGAUGUUUCGGCGUGGAUACAUCGCCAUGCUUGCAGUGGACUCCAAGUAUCGCAGGAAAAGCAUCGGCACCAAUCUGGUGAAGAAAGCCAUCUAUGCCAUGGUGGAAGGAGACUGCGAUGAGGUGGUGCUGGAAACCGAGAUCACCAACAAGCCGGCAUUGAAACUCUACGAGAACCUGGGCUUCGUGAGGGACAAACGGCUCUUCCGAUACUAUUUAAACGGGGUGGACGCCCUGCGGCUCAAACUCUGGCUUCGCUAGCCCGCCUCCCCUCUUCCCAUUCUAACUCCAGCCAGGAAACAGGUUUGAGGGACGGGCCUCUUCUGAACAAUUAAGAAAAGGCAAGCCAACAUGGAGGUGCGUUUUAAAAAAGGAUAGUUUGUGUUCGGAGAGAGGGAGGUUGAGUUAAGCGAGCGGGGGGGGUGGGGGUGGGGGUGGGGGUCGGACACCCGAAGGUUCCAGGACAUCGCCGCCAUCUUGGACGUCCCGUCUCAGGAAGCAGGGCGUGGCGAGCGGCCCCUGGUUAAGGUCACAGACUGGCCUCGGCGUUCGUUUUCCGGGGUAGCCGGGGGUGCGGGCCCGAAGGCGGGCAGAACCAAUCACCUGUCCACGCUUCAGGCCAGGAAGAAAGAAAAGGCUCCCUCGUGACUUUUUUAUUUUAUUCCACAAACGACAGUAAUGAAAAGAGGAAGCCGCACUGAAUGCAAUGCAGGGAUAAAUGAGAAACAAUUUGCCUAUGGUUACUUGUGGAAUUUCUUUUUAUUUUUUUUUCUCCUUUUUAUUAAGUUGAUAUAAGCGUGUGGUGACGUGGAAAGGGGGGGGGGGUGGCUUUGGGAGAAGUGAAUGUUGGUCAAGUGCUAGUAUGUGUGCGAGUGUGUGUGUGUUUGUGUGCAGCGGUGAGGUGAGGGAGUGUGUGUGUGGGUGCCUUCAUGCAUGUGUAUGGUGUGCAUAUUUUUGUGGUGCUCUGCCCUGGCUGUUGUUCAUACAGUGAGAGAGCACAUUAAUGCAUAUGUGCAAGCAAAGAGAGAGAAUAUAUAUACAUACACAAAUAUAUAUAUAUUUAUUUAAUGCACAUUCAGACCUCUGGCAGAAGCCAGUUGGAUGACUGACAGGUGCAGACUAGUGCUCCUUAAUCUACUGCCAGCCAACAAACCUGUCCCAAAACAUGAGAAGGAAGCAAGUUACUAGUCUUUUACGAUCCCUUAAUUGACAGUGUUGAUCAGGUGUCAUUGGGGAUGAUGCAUUCACUGUGUAAAUUGGUUUGAUUUUUUUUUUUUUUGGGGGGGGUUUGGGGGUGGGGGGUGGAUGGAGAGUUGUGGAGUUUUAAAUCCCAGUGUUAAAUUGCACAUGCUGCUGUUUUAGUUUAUUUGAGGUCGAUGGAUUCCCUUCUGUCAAAAUAAAUUUUGCACGUUGCUGCCAGUAGUUUGCCACAGAACCCAAAAUAAUCUUGAGAGGCAGGUGGAAUCCAAUUUGCUCUGCUGUUGCCUGGUAACAGGUCAUCUACAGUCCCGGAACAUUGCGUUUCUCCGUGAGAGCAAGGCAGAUUUGCGGAAAACAAAACCAAAAUGCGCGCUGCCUUCUCCUCACAUUUAUCUGCACCUCCACGAAUCUCCUGCGCCCCUUUUCCCAUUUCACGUCUGCUAAAUCGCUGUGAAACCAGGAGACCCUCAACCUCACAAAAGUUUUUAAGUAUUUAAAACCGACAAGGAAAAAACAGACGGCACCCUUUUGCCUUUUAUUGAACUUCAUCCAGGCAAAUAAAAGAAAGAUUAUGCAUUUUA